CCAGAACCAAAUGACUGAAUAAAAAAAAUCUCCACCCCUUCAAAAUCAUCCAUGUUUUUAUCAUACAUGCACAUAUACUUACACAUAUACAUACAAAAUUCUUCAACUGUUAAUAAAGAUACAAACUUUACAAGUUGUGAAACAUUACAAGGUGAAAGCUUUGAUUAUGGCAUUAACAGGAGUGUUGGCCACUGCUUCUAUGCCACUCAGCAGAAAUUUAGAGGUAUGUAAGAAGCAUAGCACUUUUGUAAAUUGUUGUAUUGAUAAUACUACUAUGUUAGACACAAAUUCUGUAUGUAAUGACCAAGAAAAUUCAAGAGAAUUUAGCUACAGUAGAGCUCGUCCUAAUGUAAGAUGGCCCCACUUAAAAAUUACAGAACCCCAUUUGGUUAAAUCACAUUUUGAGGUCGAUGAUGCUGAUUUAGGGAUAGACGGCAGUGAAAUGAGUGGUAAAAAUGAUGUCUUGGAGGGAAAUGAAGGUGGGUUUGAGAGUGUGAAUGAUGAAAAGCAGGAGGUUUUGGGAAGGCCUAGUAGGACUAGAGCUAAGAAGAUGACUAAAUUGGCGCUGAAGAGGGCGAAAGAUUGGAGAGAGCGGGUUCGGUUUUUGACUGAUAGGAUUUUGAAAUUGAAGUCGGAGGAGUUUGUUGCGGAUGUGUUGGAUGAUAGGAAGGUGCAAAUGACUCCAACUGAUUUUUGUUUUGUGGUGAAAUGGGUUGGUCAGUCAAGUUGGCAAAGGGCGUUGGAGGUUUAUGAGUGGUUGAAUUUGCGGCAUUGGUUUUCUCCGAAUGCUCGGAUGCUUGCGACUAUACUUUCUGUUCUUGGUAAGGCUAAUCAAGAAGCUUUGGCCGUGGAGAUUUUUACAAGGGGAGAGCAAGGGGUUGGUGAUGUUGUACAAGUGUAUAAUGCAAUGAUGGGUGUUUAUGCUCGGAAUGGUCGGUUUUCGAAGGUUCGAGAACUGCUUUAUUUGAUGCGGGAGCGAGGUUGUGAGCCGGAUCUUGUAAGCUUCAAUACAUUGAUUAAUGCCCGUUUAAAGUCUGGGUCUAUUGAACCAAAUAUGGCACGUGAACUUUUAAGUGAAGUUAGGAGGUCAGGCCUUCGACCUGAUAUAAUUACUUACAACACUCUAAUCAGUGCUUGCUCUCGUGGAUCUAAUUUGGAGGAGGCGGUUGAGAUAUACAAUGAUAUGUUAGGAAGUAGAUGUCAACCUGAUUUAUGGACAUAUAAUGCCAUGCUUUCAGUUUAUGGCAGAUGUGGGCUGUCUACAGAAGCUGAGAUUUUAUUUAACGAUUUAGAGUCUAAGGGGUUCUCCCCUGACGCCGUAACGUAUAAUUCUUUGCUUUAUGCUUUUGCAAGAGAAGGAAAUGUUGAGAAGGUAAAAAAGAUUUGUGAGGAGAUGGUAAAAAUGGGCUUUGGAGAGGAUGAGAUGACUUACAAUACCAUUAUUCACAUGUAUGGACAGCAGGGUCAGCAUGAUUUGGCGUUGCAACUAUAUAGAGACAUGAAAUCUUUAGGGCGAGAACCUGAUGUAGUUACAUAUACUGUUCUUAUUGAUUCGCUUGGAAAAGCUAAUAAAAUAACUGAAGCUGCAAAUGUGAUGUCAGAGAUGCUAAAUGCAGGCGUGAAACCCACCAUAAGAACUUACAGUGCUUUAAUCUGUGGAUAUGCAAAGGCCGGGAUGCGCUUGGAGGCUGAAGAUAUCUUUGAUUGCAUGCUCCGGUCUGGGAUUAAACCAGAUCACUUAGCCUAUUCAGUCAUGUUAGAUAUACUAUUCAGGUCUGGUGAAACCCACAAGGCAAUGAUGUUAUAUCAUAAUAUGGUUCGUGAUGGAUACUCCCCAGAUGUUGGACUCUAUGAAGUCAUGCUAAGAGUUCUUGAAAAAGAAAACAAAAUGGAGGAUGUUCAGGACGUGGUCAAGGAUAUGGAAGAAUUGUGUGACCUGGACCCUCAAACUAUUGCAUAUAUUCUAGUCAAGGGGGAAUGCUAUAGUAAUGGUGAUGAAAUGUUUAGAUCAGCAAUAAGGCAGGGUUAUGAUGUGAACCGUGAUACCUUGUUAUCAAUGCUGAGUUUGUAUUGCUCGUGCGGACGGCACUUAGAAGCAAAAGAAUUAUUGGAAUUUUUGAAAGAGCAUGCACCAAAAUCACAGCAAUUGGUGAGUGAAGCUAUGGUGGUCACUCUUUGUAUGGCUCAUCAGCUUGAGGCUGCUUUAAGUGAAUACCGGAAAAGCAUGACAUAUAGAUUGGUUGACCGGAGUUUGAUAAUGUAUGAAACCCUUAUUAAGUUCUGCGAGGAGAUGAAUUUGCUUGCUGAAGCGUCUCAGGUUUUAUCUGACAUGAGAUUUGUUGGACUGGAACCUUCUUCGGAACUUUGCAGGCAAAUGGCACUUGUGUAUUGCAGGAUGGACUAUCCGGAAACAGCUCAUCAUUUGAUUGACCAGGCUGAGGCAAAAGGUGUUAGGAUCAAUGAUAUGUCAAUAUAUGCUGCUCUAAUUGAGGCUUAUGGCAAGGUAAAGCUUCUGCAAAAAGCAGAGAGUGUGGUGGGAACUCUUAGACAGAGCGUUAGUACAGUAGAUCGAAAGGUGUGGAAUGCUUUGAUCCAAGCUUAUGCUGCAAAUGGCUGCUAUGAGAAAGCAAGAGCCGCUUUUACUACGAUGAUGAGAGACGGCCCUUCCCCUACUGUAGAAACUAUUAAUGGUCUCAUGCAAGCUUUGAUUGUCGACGAGAGAUUAAAUGAAUUAUACCUUUUAGUUCAAGAACUGCAAGAUAUGGGGUUCAAAAUUAGUAAGAGCACAAUUGUUUUGAUGCUAGAUGCAUUUGCUAAAGCUGGUGACAUAUUUGAAGUGAAGAAAAUAUACAAUGGAAUGAAGGCGGCAGGGUAUUUUCCUACCAUGCACCUUUACAGAAUUAUGAUCAUAUUGUUUUCCAAGGGAAGGCGUGUAAGGGAUGUAGAAGCAAUGGUUGCUGAAAUGGGGGAAGUUGGUUUUAAGCCUGAUAUUACAAUAUGGAAUUCUUUGCUUAGGUUGUAUGCAGGAAUUGAAGACUAUAGGAAAAUUGCUCAGGUAUACCGGCAAAUUAAAGAAGCUGGACUUAAACCAGAUGAAGAUACAUACAAUACUUUGAUAGUUAUGUACUGCAAAGAUCGUAAACCAGAAGAAGGUCUGUCAUUGAUGCAUGAAAUGAGAAAGCUAGGUCUGGAUCCUAAGUUAAACACCUACAAAAGCCUACUUUCUGCAUUUGGUAAGCUACAGAUGUUAGAGGAAGCUGAGGAACUUUUUGAAAUGUUACAAUCAGGAGGAUACAAGCUUGACCGUUCUUUUUAUCAUAUAAUGAUGAAAACAUAUAGAAGUUUUGGAAGCCAUUCCAAAGCUCAAAACUUGAUGUUUACAAUGAAAGAAGCUGGAAUUGAACCUACAAUUGCUACAAUGCAUUUGCUAAUGAUCUCUUAUGGAAGUUCAGGGCAUCCAACUGCAGCUGAAGAAGUCCUAAAAAAUUUGAAAUUGACCGGUGAAAACCUUAGCACACUACCAUAUAGUUCAGUUUUAGAUGCUUAUCUCAAGAAUGGAGAUUAUAUUAUCGCAGUCGAGAAGCUUUUGGAAAUGAAGGAAGAUGGUCUAGAGCCAGAUUACAGGAUAUGGACUUGCUUUGUUAGGGCUGCCAGUUUGUGCCAGGAUACAAGUGAAGCCAUGACUCUUUUAAGUGCUAUAAGAGAUACUGGAUUUGAAAUUCCUAUCAAGCUUCUGACACAGAAGUCAGAGUCACUGGUUCUAGAGAUGGAUCAACUUCUUGAGAAAGUAGAACCAGUUGACGAUAACGUUGCAUUUAGCCUUGUCAAUGCUUUGGAAGAUUUAUUGUGGGCAUUUAAUCUUCGUGCGACUGCUUCAUGGGUUUUCCAAUUGGCUAUUAAAAGAAAUAUCUAUAGUCACAAUGUUUUCAGGGUAGCUGAGAAGGACUGGGGGGCAGAUUUUAGGAAGUUGUCUGCUGGUGCUGCUCUUGUUGGUCUCACGUUAUGGCUUGACCAUAUGCAGGAUGCAUCCUUGAAUGGUUUUCCGGAGUCUCCAAAAUCUGUGGUUCUGAUUACAGGGACAGCAGAAUACAAUCAGGUUUCUUUGAAUAGCACAAUAAAAGCAUUCCUUUGGGAAAUGGGGUCCCCAUUUUUGCCCUGUAAAACUCGUAGUGGACUCCUUAUAGCGAAGGCUCACUCUCUCAGGAUGUGGUUGAAGGACUCCCCAUUUUGCUUUGACCUUGAGUUGAAAAAUGCUUCAUCCCUUCCUGAGGAAAACUCAAUGCAACUACUUGAAGGAUGUUAUAUUAGACGUGGCCUUGUUCCCGCUUUCAAGGACAUAACGGAAAGGCUUGGGUUAGUGAGGCCAAAGAAGUUCUCGAGGCUGGCUUUACUGUCGGAUGAAAAAAGAGACAAAGUUAUUGAAGCUGAUAUAGCGGGGAGAAAAGAAAUGUUGGAAAAAGUGAGUAAAUAUGGCCCAACCAGGAAUAGAAAUAACAGGAAGCUCAGAAAAAGUAUGGAUUCUGUCAGAUAUUGAUAGGUGACCGAGGAAAUUAAAUAUUUUAUCUUUGCAAUGAAGCCAUUUCUACUAUCGCAUUGAAGUAACCGUCUAUCUAAUGCGCAUGUGUGCCUUGAAAACAGAACAGAACUGGCAUGUUGCAGCCUAGUUGAAUGGGAACAUAUGAGUCUAAUACUUUAAUGUCCGGUUGACACGUCAAAGACAGAAGUAUAGAACUUAGUUUGUCAGGAUUCCGUGCAACCAGUAAAAUCUUAUCACCAGUAAGGUACAAGUCCUGUUGUUUACAUCUUGUAGUUUACUUCCUCUUAUUUCCUUAAGAAUCAACUAGACUUAGAGGGGCACGGUAGAGUUUCUGUCAUCCCUCGAAGCUCUAGUAGGUCGCAUAUACUUUGAGGAUGUUGUCAGAGGAGCCAGGCAGCAGAAACUGCUGCUGGCUGGGUAAGAUGAACAAGGAAUUGGACUAUAAGUGACAACGUCAAUUCUACACAUUGACUUUCUACUGCAUUCAGCUUCAAUCUGAAUUAUAUAUUGGCAUAGCAUGUCGCCUGUGUGAAAUAUGGCUUAUCUGGAGUUUGUGAAAAAAUUUAUGAUGCAUUCCAGUGAUUAAGAGCACACAUCUUUUACUAUAUGUGGUUGAGUUUCAGCUCUAAAUUAUUGUAUGAUUUUUCUCCAUCAAAGUCUUUUCUUAUUCCUCAUGGCAUAUUAAAGCUUAUUGGACAAUAGUUUGCCCAGCCGCAAAUCCUUCAUAGCUGGUUCACCGCUAUAUGAAUGUAUGCCGGUUUCUCAUAGUUACUGUCAAGUUCUCGGGGCUUCCUGGCAUUCUAAGAUGCAAUAUGGGUUUCAGAGGCUUUUCACUGCUGGGAAACCUUCAUAACAUUUGUGAUUGUAGUCAUACAGAAAUAUAUAAUAUACUGUAAUCUUUAAAUUUUCCUUGAUUUGCCUGUAUGUCUA